UCGCUACCAAAUUCUUGCUAAAUUUUUAUGGUUUUGUGCGGUUAACCUUUGUGCUUCGUUUGAGACUUCAACACCAAUUUCAUAAGACCAAAAUCAGAAAUUGAGGAGAUGUCUUCAGAAGGAACAAUGAGUGUGGUAGGAAAUGAGGUGAUGCCUCUAGAGUAUGGUUGUAUGGACUCAAAGAGUAGUCCGUCUCCGUCUAGUUCGAAAAGGAUAGUGGAGGAGAAAAGAGGGCGAGAGAUAGUGGAAGAGGUGAGGGAGUAUGAGAGUGAAUUGGGUAGCAAGGGUAGCCUUAGGGGCCUUUUAGGUAACUGCAACCUUCCUCACCAUGUGUUAAUUAGGCCUGCUGAGGUGAAUAAGAGAGCGUGCUUAGCACCCCGAGAUCAUUGGAUGCCUAUGGCUGGGGGUAAGAGUGAAAAAGGGUGGUAUUACUUCGGACCUCAGACAUCCAGCAAAGAGAAUAGGAGUUUAUUCACUGUUGGACCGUCAUCCAUUAAAGGAUGGAAAGAGGAGUUCUUCUUUGUGGAUGGCACCGAGUGGAGUAGGAGGGAUGCCGAAGUGGAAUACUUGUUUGCUUGGAAAGCUAAGAAAGCCAAGCAGAAUGAGUACAAGUUAAAUGAGGAUAAGGUGGAAGAGGUAGGGAAGCUAGUGAGGGAGGAAGGGGAGUUAGUGGAUAUCAUGUACCUCACCAGCUUGAAGGCGAUAGAGGCUGCCGAGCUUUAUGGGCCAAGCUCAUUGAGUGAAGCUGAGAUGGAGGGUUUUCUGAAUGCUGCUGGUGGGCUGGCUAUCCCGAAGAAGCCAAGGAAGAAGUCAAAGACUUCAAGUGUGGCAGAUAAGGGGGCAGCAGAGAGAGAACAUCUGUCCAGUACUUCUGCUCGAGCUUUGGAAGUACAACAAAGGCUAGAGCCUAUGAGGAGAAGCAAUGAAAAAGUUGAUCCUGAAGCCAGGGAGAGGGAGGAGGCCGAGGUGCGAGGCCCUGGUAAAGGCAAGGAACUCAUCCCUCUUCCUUCAUUCCAGAAGAGUUUGUUCGAGGCAACGAACAUCACUAGGGCGAAGCGGUUUCUCAACGCAACUCUUUUGGAGGUGGAUAGGAGGCAGGCAAGGGAAGAGGCAGUGAGCCAGUUGGGGGCUCGCGUUGUGAGGCACACCCUGGAGUGUGAGGAGCUACAAAAGGAAAAGGAGGAGCUGCAGAAGAAGAACAAAGAGAUGCAGAGGAAGAUGGAUGAAGUUGUGCCAAUAGUAAUCGAGCUCCAAAAUGACAGAGAUACCUUGAGCACAAGACUUGCCUUCGAAGAACGUAAGAGGAAGAUCUGCGAAGACAAGAUUGAGGCUCAAGACAAGUAUAUUGAGAAGAUGAACCAAGGGAUGGUGGAGCUGAAAAAGAAUGUGGAUCUGCCGCUGCCAACUGCAAUUUUGGCGUUCACCGACUGUAGAAAGAAGGUGAAAGCUCAAUAUCCCGAACUGGACGUAACGACGAUCACCUUUGGCGAUCAAGAACAAGGGGUGGGGAAGGACGGUGAGAGUCUCUCUACUGACUUCCGGCCUGUGAUUAAGCUGAGGUGGGAGCGUGACGCAGAGGGACGCACUAUCUUUCCUCCAACCUUUGAUGCUGAGCUUGUGGUAGUAGAGGAAGAGGAAGAAGUGCAAGAUGCUGGAGUUGAGAACUAGGCAGACCCGACCGAAGUCCAGCCUCCUGAAGUUCAUCCAGUUUUCCUCUGAUGAAGUGCAACCAGCUCCUCCUAAAGCAAAAGUGCCACCUCAGCCACCUCCUCCCGCUGAGGAGCAGCCUCCUUUCUCAACAAAAUAGCUUAGGAUUUUCUAUUUUUUAGUUAUGUUUGUAAUGAACAAUUUUGUAAUUA